GGCCGCUCGAGCCCCACGCGGAACCGGCUCCGUGCCGCUGUCCCCGCGUCUCCACCGGGCUCGAGCUCAGCGCAGCCCAGGCAGUCCCCGUCCUGCGUGGGGCGCCCGGGGCCCCGCGGCGCACCAUGGGCGCUGCCCACUCGGCGUCCGAGGAGGUGCGGGAGCUCGAGGGCAAGACCGGUUUCUCCUCGGACCAGAUAGAGCAACUGCACCGGAGGUUCAAGCAGCUAAGCGGAGACCAGCCCACCAUUCGACUCUGCAGCUCUCGUCUCUGCAGUGUGAGGAGUGUGAGUGUGCCACCCACCUCUCAGCUUCCUCUAAGUGUCAAGCUCCAGUGGCGCCCAGUCUGUAGCAAGGAGAACUUUAACAAUGUACCUGACCUGGAGCUCAACCCGAUCCGAUCCAAAAUCGUCCGUGCCUUCUUCGACAACAGGAACCUGCGUAAGGGGUCCAGCGGCCUGGCCGAUGAGAUCAACUUCGAGGACUUCCUGACUAUCAUGUCCUACUUCCGGCCCAUUGACACUACCCUGGGUGAGGAACAAGUGGAGCUGUCUCGGAAGGAGAAGCUGAAAUUUCUGUUCCAUAUGUAUGACUCGGACAGUGACGGCCGCAUCACCCUGGAAGAGUAUCGAAAUGUGGUGGAGGAACUGCUCUCUGGAAAUCCUCACAUCGAGAAGGAGUCAGCUCGGUCCAUCGCCGACGGAGCCAUGAUGGAGGCUGCCAGCGUGUGCGUGGGACAGAUGGAACCGGACCAGGUGUACGAGGGGAUCACCUUUGAGGACUUCCUGAAGAUCUGGCAGGGCAUCGACAUCGAGACCAAGAUGCACAUCCGCUUCCUCAACAUGGAGACCAUUGCCCUCUGCCACUGAUCGUGCAGGGGAGGGGGUGGCUAAGGACCGAGGUUCAGCCCUUUGUCUGGGCUGCUGUGACAAUCAGUAACCCUUCAGUUAGCCUCCUUGUGUGGUGUGGCGUGUGGGACUCCGAUGUUUUUAUCUCUAAUGGUGACAAUAAAGGUUUCCUAAUGA